GAUUUUUCACCUUGUUCGGCCUUCUGGAUUUGACGUUUGCUCCAGCGUUGUUGGGCUUGACUCUUGUGUUGAUCCAGAACCCCAGUAAAAUGUCACAGCUGUCCGUCUUCAGAUGGGCUCCGUUCCUGGGUCUUGUGAUACCAGAGAAAAUACUGGUGUGUCUGCUCAGCGUCCUUCCUGUGAUGCCCAUAGAAUAUUUUGAUGGGGAUUCCCCUUACCCCCUUGUCUGCUUCCCAGUACGACAGGAAGGAGACAACGGAGCCACGUUUGGAGCCAUCCUUUUCUUCAUCGCUUGGAGUGUGGUGGGCGUGGCUAUCAUCCUGCAGGUUGCCAACGCCGUCAGGUUUUGGGCGGGGCCCGGGACUAGGAUACACGCCUCCUCCCCAAGUAUCUGGCAGAUGCAGAAGGGCCCUGGUAAGCUCCGACUCCGUGCAAGCUGGACAGCUGGCAAAGGUGUGUGGAGGCGUGGUCUGCUCAAGGUGUAUGGCCCCGCCCACAUCAAGGCAUGGGCACAGGAAAUCGUGGUGCUGGGCCUGUUGAGGAAGUCCCAGAGUGCCAGUGUGCUGCAGUGUCUGUGGACGAGUAACUCGAACCCUUACUACGAGACCAUGACGCUCAUCAGUGGGGAUAUCGUCACGAGCGACUCUAGACUGACGUGCCUCGAGAUGACGUCAAGCAGCACCCUGUGUGAGCUUCUGAAGACCAUGGACGUGCCUCUGCCUGAGCCGUGCCAGAAGACCAUCAUGCACGACAUCGCCGAGGGGCUCUCCUACCUGCACGACCAGAACGUUCUCCACAGGAACCUCAGCUCGGCUGCUGUCUACCUCAAGGGAUCUGUACAGUGUUUGGUUCUCCGAGCGGCAGUUGGAGACUUUGAGGACGCUCAGAUCUACGGCACUCUUCUCACGGGCACGCCCAACAGCAGCGUCAGCAGGAAGAGGUUUUUCUACCCAGACAUCCGGGCCUACGCCUUAGUAGGAUUAGAGAUGCUGGGGCGUGUCUGUGAGUGCAGACAAAAGGAGAGGCAACCGUACAGACGGACAACGGUCAAGGUGUCGUCCACUCUUAAAGAGCAAGCAUCUCAUUUUCGAAAACCUCAUCAUCACCACGGUCAUCCUACAGACUCGCACGCAGGAGCAGUUUCGGGUGGUGGGGGCGGACAUCUUGGGAACAGGUCGAGAGGGGGUCGGGGUGGGAAUCUCAAAGAGAAACAGCCAGUCGGCGUGAAGAGAUUUGAAGAGCCGGAGGUCGCCUACUGUGUACCCGGAGAGGCGGAGUAUCUCGUGCCAAGGGUACUUACGAAAGCCGAAAUAGCUGAAGCUUCUAAAACUUCUAAGUUGGCUAUGGGAGACUCUGAAGAAGAGGCUGCGAGCGGUAGCGCUCACAGAACAGCUUUUGCUGAUUCACAAGCCGCGGAAUACGACAUUGAUAAAAACUGGAAACUUCGGGCUAAAACUACUGGGGCAUCUGGGACAGAAACGAGUUCUGAUUGGAUAGGUAAAGAUUCCGAUUGCGACGACUACAAGCCCCACGAAGAUCGCUUCAGUCAUAGUCAAAUUCCCGGAAUCACACACGUGCGCGGCGCGCAUACUUACGAGUUUCCCAACCAUUCCGUGUUCCAUUCAGCAGGGAUAGAAGGCGAGGACUUGGACAUGAUAGAGGAGGAGAUAGAACGAGAUCAGCAUAUCAGGCUUGUCGCUAAGAACGGUGUAUACAAACAAGGAGGGUAUGUGACAUCACAGACAGAAGAUGGCCGCGAGAUAUUUAUCCCAGCGGGAUACACGACCAAGAAGUCUUCAGGUGGCUCUAGCUCUGGGUACGGUAGUUACACAGGGUCAGAGCAGUACUGUACCCCGGGGGAGGCAGUCGGUGCAGUCGGGUUGGGAAACGUGGCAGUAUCGGGAAAUUCUGAGCUGAGACAAGUGCACAAAACCACGUCAGCAGCGACCAUAAGUUCGUUUGAAGAUGAUGCUCUUCCAGGAAUCGCAGACGUCGACGAGAAGCCAAAGAGAGGUGAGCAGUUGCUCCGAGAGUUGCUGAAGGCCAGGCAGGACGCCAAGGUGGAGCAGCUCAUCGAAAUGUAUGAGGAGCGAGUGCGGAGAGGUGAGCUGGCACCCAAUCUAGAAGGUCUUCCCAUUGGGGUUGUUUUUCCAAAGAAAAACAAACAACAUGCCCUCCCUUCAGGCCAUCAGCCGGACGAUGGCAGCUUAGAGGCCGAGGUGUACGAGGCUCUCAAAGCUAUGUACAACAGUCAGAAUCCGUCCAACAAACCUUCCUCCUCCUCUGGCACCUCCUCCUCCCCGAGACCGAAAACAGCUAGCGCUGCAAUGUCUCAGAAGCUUCAACGAAAUCCGUCCCGACCCAUGAGCGCCACAAACUCAUCCUUCCACGCGUGGAAUGCCCGGAGCUCACUCAAGAGGAAUAAAGCUCGCGUUGCCUUGAAGAAAGCGCUGAGCUUCAAAGGGUCGACGUCAAGACCUGUUUCAGCCAGCUAUGACGCUGCACGCGGCUCUCGUGGAAAGGAAGUGGAGAUGAAAUACUCCAGUCGGCCGUGUUCAGCUAUGUCACACUCUGCUCCUACACAACCAGACGACGCUGCGCUGUGGGAUCAAACCUCACAGGAUGCUGACGUACAACUGGUGGCCACAUCUGCCGACGUAGGACACCCUGACUACAACAACGAUCAAAACACCACUCUUUCAACGGUACAAGACGUACAGCCUAAGACUACUGACACUACUCAAAGUGCAGCCGCUAAGUCAGCGGCUUCUCCACCCGUCAUCAGGAAACCGUCAUCCAAGUCGAAACCUGCCCCUGCCCCUCCACCGAUACCCCCGAAGCCAUUUCAUCGAGUUUCUUCCCCUGAAACGGUUCUCCCAUCCUCUCCACCUCACCCCACCGACCGUGUGACGUCUCCUAAAACAGUUAAACCUGCGCUGUUACCGAAGCCCGCCCAGCCUCUUUCUCCGACUAAGCCUGUUCAGCCUGAAUCCUCACCUGAAACAACCCAGCCUGUGUCUCCACUUACUUUAAUUCGGCCUACAUCCCCAUCCCACCCAUCCCAGACACAAUCUCCAUCGAAGCCUGUCCAGCCUGUGUCUCCGUCCAGGACCGUUACGACAGGUAUUACCAGCAGCAUUGUCACAACAAACAGCAGUGUGCCCACGACCAGUAUCCCCAACAACAAUGACGUCACACACACUCACCACGAUCAGCGCGCUGACCCAUCCCACUCACCUGUCUCGCGUAAUGAUUCCUUCACCAGCUGUGAGCCAGCUUCGACAGAAUCAACCUCCACGCAACACAACAGCUCAUCUUCCACCACAGAGAAGGAAACGACCAACAUCGACAAGAUCCAGUCUGAGAUGAACAACAUCAUCCAAAGCAACACCAGCGCCGCUGCCACUUCCCAGGCCGGAGGUAAAGGACUUCUCCCUCCUGGGAUACGCCUCAUCGAUAGCGGCUUCGACAGUGCCUCAGUGUCCAGCGAGGAGUCGUGCCUAUGUGCAGCGGCGGCGCUACAAGCCGUGGAAGACGAGUCGUGCUCGUGUCCAUCCGAGAUUUUCUCUCAAGGUACUUGCAGCUGCGCAUGCUCAAAUUGUUUGAGCGUCAACCGGGGCGACAAUGUAGGUUCAAGCUGGACAGAAAGCCAGGACUCAGAGACCUGGAGUAACAGCAACUCGUUUUCCUCGUACGACGCCAACAUGCACCGAAGAAAACUGCCCAGCAUACGUCGGGAUUCUUCUGGCUGCAUUUUGGCUCCUGACGAACAGUACCCAUCACCCGUACAUCGGCGACCAGGAAAAGUGAACUCACCUCAUAAACUUAGCCCAAACAAUAUGUACUCGCCAAAACGUAACCGCCGACAUUUACGCCCAACUAAAGGCCAUAACACGAGCAGCGCUAGUGAGACGAGUAGCGCUGCUUCCAGACGGUAUAGGGAACUUGUGAAAAAAGGUGUGCCCUUGAGAGUCUCCGUGAUUUCUGGAGACUCAGAUGGAAAUUUCUCCGGCGCUAGCAGAAUUGAGGCAAGAAAUGAAAACGCGGAGAAUCCACAGUAUGCGCCAAACAGUGCAUCGGAUACUUCUAGUUCAAGACAAGACGAGAACAAUGCCCUACUUCAGGACUUGGAGAGCCAAGGGUUCUUUGAGAAGAAUACCAAGUCCCCUCUGGGUUAUAGACCCUCGUACAGCGACGAUUACGAUGAUGAAGAUGGUGAUGAGCGAUUUCAAGGUCUUUCUCCCAUUCCUUCCCUUGAGGAAAUUAUAAAAGAAAUUCCGGACGAAACAGGCAACUACUCGGAGGAGACAAAAGCUUUCCUCAACAGGCCGGAGUCCGAACUGUCCGUAAAGGCUCUCCAAGCUGUCCUUUCCCGACACGGCUCGGCCACAGACGACGGCCAGUUCGGCAACCCAGAACUUAUCAUAGACCGCAUCUUUUCCCACAACGCCCCGCACGACCUCAACUUGUCCCACUCAGGUGUGGAACCGGGGUGUCUUGAGCUAGACGAGGCCGCCAUCCGAGAAGUUGCGAUGCUGCCCAGUGGGGGUAUCUCCUCUGAGGCGGCGGUACCUCCGGAUAUGGUUGGCCUGUUGUCUGGGAUGGAUGGACGUCACAUCCGGUAUUGCCACAGCAUCAGCUCUCGUGUCCAUCUCAUCAACAUGGGAGAGCUCAUUCCAGCCUCGGCUCAUUCUUUUGACCAGCUCAAAACGAGGCUCCAGCACACAGGCAGCAUUGGCAUUAUUGGAAAUCAGAUCCUGGAGUUGAUCCGCACAUGCUGGCUGAAUGAAGCCCCGCCCAGCACAGCAUCUAUUGUGGAUCAGCUGACAGACCACAUCACGGAGACAGAGCUGUGAAACAACCCCUCGAACAGACAACUCUUGGAAUACAGAAAUUGACCUAAACAGUCUUCGAGAAGCACAGUUUUGAGAAGGCCCUCAGCUUAACCUCUUCAAAUGUGUGUGUGUGUGUGUGUGUGUGUA